AUGGAUUCUUCAAACGACAAACUACUAAACAAUGCGGUCUCGCAAUGGGAAAAUGUACAUGGCAUCCACUCGCAACCGACUCAAGUAAUAGAUUUAGUUCCGGCCCACAGACAGAACUUUUUACUAAAUCAAGACAUCUACUCGCAACCGACUCAAGUGAUGGAUAUCAAUCCGGCCAAUCGUCCUCCUGACCCAAGAUCCUUAGAUGUUCUAUCAAGACAUUUUGGCCACCAUCAAUUCAGACCGUUUCAGUGGCAAAUAAUAAGUUCGAUGUUGAACAAGAAACAAGACAAUUUCGCCAUUAGGGCCACCGGCUAUGGAAAUUCUUUGCUGUACCAAUUUCCGGCCUUAUAUUCCCGAGGGACUACUUUAGUGAUAUCGCCGUUGAUUUCCUUAAUGCAAGAUCAAGUUCUAUCGUUGAGUGUAGCAAAUAUAUCAGCUUGUUUACUUGGCAGCGCCCAAGCCCACCCAGCAGCUACAAUCGAAGGAAUUUUGAACAAUGAUUAUUCAAUAGUGUAUUUUACUCCAGAGUUUUGUUGGCUCAGAAAACAGUUGUAUGAGAUUAAAAAGCGAUGCCGAUUGGUUCUAAUUGACGUUGAUGAGGCUUAUUGCGUUAGUAAUUGGGGCCAACAUUUCAGGCCUGAGUUUAGGAAGUUGAGCAUUUUAAAGGAGAUAUUUGUGGAUGUGGACGUAUUGGCUGUCACUGCAACCGCAACCAAAAAUGUCUACGAGGACAUUAUUAGUGUUUUGGAAUUGCAAAAUUCCCAAGUGAUUUGUCCUGACUUUGACAGGCCCAAUUUGUAUUUCAAAGUGCGGCCUAAAUGCCAGAGCGUUUUGCGUGAUUUGCAAGAAGUGAUGAUUCGCAAAGAUGGCCAGUGGAUGUUUGAAGGGCCUACAAUUAUUUAUUGUAUUAGACGUAUUGAUACUGAAGAAAUAUGUUCGUUAUUGAAUAAGAAUAAUUUCAAGUCAUUGCCUUAUCAUACCGGAUUGUCUUUGAGCGUCAGAAAGCAUGCUCAUGAACAAUUUGUAAUAGAUAAAGUUCCGAUAAUUGUUGCCACAAUUGCCUUUGAAAUGGGUAUUGAUAAACCUGAUGUCAGAAAUGUAAUACAUUACGGAACAAGUGGCUCAUUGGAAGCAUAUUACCAAGAGUAUUUCGAAGAUAGGGCCCCCAAUUUGGGUUUCCGAUACGAUUGCUGCGACAAUUGUUAUGUUCCUCAAAAUAUAGAUUCCUGGACAUCUUUUGUUGUCCCAGCCAUCAAUGCAGAUGAUCAAUUGUCGCAGCUUUUGAUUCAGGAAAGAAGUCGUUUGGCUUCAAUAAACGGGUGCAUGCCUUACCUGGUGGUUUCCGAUAAUAUUCUGACCAGUAUAGUCAGAUACGCACCCAGAACUAUAGUAGAGUUGAGGGAAUUGGGAAUUGAAGGGUUCACAGAGGCCAGAAUGAGUAAGUUUAUGCCUCAAUUCUUGAGAUUUAUCAACAAUAUUGAUGACAAUGCAAUCAAUCAAUGCAACUUUGAAAUCGGAGAAGAAAGAAUUUUUGAAAUGGAGCAAGAUAAUGAUUAUGAAUAUUAUUAUGAUGAUGAUGAUAAUGCUGAUGAUUAUUAUGAUGAUAAUAAUGAUGCAAUAUUUGAAACUGAAAUUCCUUUAAUGGAAGGAAAUUUUGAUGACGUACUAGUGAAUGAUGACAAAAAUGAAAUUCUGAUGGCUUUGUGCGACAAAAUUGAACAGGAACCCGAUGAAAAAAUCGUGCCUAAAAUUAAAAAGAUGAGGCAAACAACCUUGGAAGAGAGGAAUAUAAAGUGUUCCUAUAAUUUAAACGGAAGCUAG